CUUCACGGGUGUUGUUGUUUUUUGCAAUUUUGCAAAUCCAUUGUUUUACGAGGAAAUAUUUUACUGCAUUGCUAACGGAUGCAGACUUAAAAAUGUCGAAUCAUUUCCAAAACGUGGGCUCCUUCAUAAGGGGCUGCAACGGAACCACUUUGAGGCACGACCAAGCCUGCUUGGAGAUCGUCACGAACGAAGAAAUUUCGUUUUGGAGUCAAUACGAAGAAUGCGAGGACUGCAUGCUGCUGGAGACCAAGAAGCUAUCUACAACGGGAUCUUUGGUACUGGAAACGUUUAGUCCCUUGAGAUACGAAGUGAGGAACGCCGAUGGCCAAAUAUGCAAUGGAACCUAUGAGUUUGGAGAGUUUGGUCAGUACAGCCUAAAUGCGUCGGAAAGUUGUAAACCCCGGAUGACAGCUGAGCCGGAUGCUGCGUUCCUCCCGAUACUCACCGCUGUGGUGGUGCUGCUGUCGAUGGCCACUCUCUGGUACAUCGUCAAGGGUAUCGGCAAGAGAGUCAUGGCUGGAAGGCUCUAUGCAAGAUAUUUUAUUCGCGAGGACAACGAGCUGAACACGGAGACGCGCGUGCUGACGACGGAGGGCAACGUGCCGCGCUCGCCGGCGCGCGCCCGCCUGCGCUCCCUAGACAUCUUCCGCGGGAUAGCCAUCGCGCUCAUGAUAUUCGUGAACUCCGGCGGCGGCGGGUACCGCGUGUUCAGCCACGCGACGUGGGACGGGCUGACGGUGGCGGACGUGGUGUUCCCCUGGUUCGCCUUCACCAUGGGCGAGUCGCUCGUGCUGUCGCUCAACGCGCGGCUGAGGACCUCGCUGCCGAGGUGGUCGGCGUUCGAGCAGGUUUGUCGACGUUCGCUGCUACUGUGCUUAGUGGGCAUCGUGCUGGGCGCGUCGAACACGUCGUUUGCGGGCGUGCGGCUGCCCGGCGUGCUGCAGCGCCUCGCCGCCGCGUACCUGAUAGUCGGCGCGCUGGAGUGCGCCUUCAUGAGGACCACGAUUAAUAUCACGCCAGGUCGCUCCCUAUUCCGAGACAUAGCGGCUGGGUGGCAGCAGUGGCUCGCGACGCUACUGCUGGUGGCCAUUCAGGUGUGCGUGACACUGACGGUGGCGGCGCCGGGCUGCCCGCGCGGCUACAUGGGUCCCGGCGGGCUGCACCGCACCGCGCUCGGUGACCACUCGCUACAGAAUUGCACCGCCGGCAUCGCUGGGUAUAUCGACAGGGUGGUGUUCGGCGAAUCCCAUCUGUACCAGGGCGGGACGUACCGUAAAUUGUACCGCACGGUGGUAUCGCACGACCCCGAGGGGUUGCUGGGCACGCUGACCGCCGCGCUCGUGGUGCAGGCCGGCGCGCACGCCACCAGGAUCAUGCUGGUGUAUAACCACGCCAGGGCUCGUAUAAUGCGUUGGGUGUUCUGGUCGCUUGUGUUCGGCGCGGCGGGCGGCGGGCUCUGCGGGUUCAGCGUCAGCGGCGGCGUGAUACCGAUCAACAAGAACCUGUGGUCGCUGUCCUACUGCCUCGUCACCGCCGCCAUGGCGUUCCUCAUACAGGCCGUGCUGUACUUCUUCGUCGAUCUCAAGACGAAGUGGGGCGGACGACCGCUUUAUUACGCUGGUCAAAACGCGCUCUUCCUGUACGUCGGCAGCGUGCUCCUCAAGAAACAUUUCCCUCUGUACAUCCACCUGCCGGCGCCGACCCACUCACAACUGCUGGCCGUCCACGCGGCCGCCGCGCUCAUAUGGCUGGCCGUAGCCGUGGCCUUACACAGAAAACGGAUCUUCAUUACACUAUAACCCUAAUUAUACUUACCCGGGAAACCGAACAUUAUCCGUACCCAAUUACAACAGUACCCAAAUUACACAGCCUUGUAUAAGUUUUAUUACAUCCGUACCCAAACUCAUCGGAGCUGAGCUAAGCUGCGUUGCGAGGAAUGUGUUUUUAAGAUACAAUAAAAUCGCUUCGCUAAGCGUUCUCAAAAACUCAUGUUCCUUAAACGCAGCUUAGCUCACUUCCGAUGGAAACACCAUAAUAAGGGCACUGACACGUUUCCAACAGCUAUGAGUGCUCAGAAAGGCGAUCCUGAAACGGGUACGCUAAACAAAUAUUUUACUCUAUAACAGCUGUGGUUGUACCAUUGAAAAAGAAGAUUCAUAGGCAGUUGGCAAACCUAUGUCAUUUGGUCGGGUCAUGUCAAUUGAAUAUAAUUAGGGCCCCUUUACACGGGUGACUGUGCGGCGUAAAUGGACUGUCUAAAUGGCAAUUCGGCAUGCCACGUAUUGCCGUUUAGACAGUCGAUUCUCGCCUUGAGGCGUGAAUCGUGCGGCUAUAUAGUCACCCGUGUAAACCCUGCAUUAGUCGUAAUCUGUCGGCUGGAUUUGA